AUGGAUGAAGUACAAGCCACCGCGAAAUGGGCAAACCGUGUACUACGCCCUUUAACCUCUAUCUACCGUCGACUCGAGAAGCAUCAAGAGACACUGGCAAUAAUUGCGGCCGAGUCAAGGGCCAAGGAGCGCCACAAAGAGCCCCAGGAACGAAAACUUGACGAAUAUCAACCUCCCUGUACUAGAGAAAACUACUCUGGGUCCGACGCCGAUGAAGAUGAUCCAGGAUGGAUUCCGGGGAAAAGGCUCGACCAGCGCCGCGUCAAGCACAAAUACUCUACGCGCGGAGGGAAUAAGACAGGGCGCAGGCGCACAAGGCUCACACUUCAAAGCCCAGAAACUACCCGGACCCUCCCUGGCGCGAUCGAGUUAGCAACGCCGAUGAUCACGGGCAAAAGGUGGGAGUUGCCUUCAAGCGCUCAAUCGCAACCGUCUGUAGAACAACAUAAGACAACCAAAUCAUACGGGGAUGUGCAAGUAUUUCGUGAUCGGUAUUCACUGCACAAGAGCCCGUGGCAAGAACUCCUUGACCAGUCUGGAGAUACCGGAUUUGCCAACAUUGCACACAAUCUGGAUCGCGUGGUCCAAAUAUUUUUGGGUAAAACCCGGAUUAUCAAAACAAGCCGUACUGCUACUUUGAACAAACCGGAACGGGGUGCACGAUCCCUUCUUUCUAUGGUCGCCCGGCGCUUUCCAGAGUACUUGGCGACCGAACAGGAAGCGCAAGACGCAGAAGAUGAGGAAGGCGAUGAGAAUAUGUGCGAUGCGUACUUCACUGAGCUAGAGUCGUUCUAUGCGCCCCAUGGUAAGGGGUGGAAACCAUUGCGCGAAGCAGUCCGUGCCCAAGGCAUUCAUUUGGUCUCCGAAAUGAUACGAAAUCAGUGGCUGACGGAUUCAAUUACUUAUGCAUUGCUUGAUAAGUUAUGUCACGAGGAAGAUGCUUUUGAAUCGCUGCUCUCAACAUUUCUUUCAACUUGCACAACUUGCACUCUUCCUGUGGCUCUUAAGCCCGUUCCCGACAAUUUGUCUCCUACACCUUCCGUUCGGUUAUUGUAUAAGUAUGUUAAAAAUGGCCCAUAUCGUCAGGCUUACAUUUUCGACGAGAUUUCUAAACUACUUGACCGGGGCGUGUUGCCUCCAGAAUGGAUAGCAACCACACCAUGGACGAGGUGGAUGACCCGAGCAACGGUAUCAUUCUCCAAGGAUGAUUAUUACUGUGCCAUGUCCUCACGGUUAAUUGAGGCUGUACUCAUUUCUGCUUGUGGGUUUUUCACAAAUGAAGAUUUGCAAAUCCGCACCCAACAGCGACCCACCCGCGACCGCGUUGCUCAUUCCAGAGCAACACGAACUCCUAGAGUGCCGGCAAGCUGUCUGGACAUUAAUCGGACAUGCCCUGUGCCUGUGGAGGAUGCUUUGAGCAACCAUGUUAUAAGUGUCUUAGCAACACUUUGCGGCAUGCACAUAUCACGAUCUCGCAAGCUUGAUGAGUCAAAUGACGCCAAUGGUACAAAGGCAGGCUACCUCAUCAAUCAUGUCUGUUUUGCAGUGAAGAGAAAGAUGGAAGCCGAAACGCUCCCCCAUUUUCUCAGACUGCCUUCCCGUCAAUUAUUGAGACGUGGUUGCGUUUUGCUGGCAGAUUGUCUUUUGCAGUGCAACGAUGCAGUCUUAGCUGACAAAAUUGAGCCCUUUCUGAUAUCAACGACUGCCGUGGAAGAAUAUUCCCAAGCUCUUGUGCUCCGCUCUGAUUUGAUCAAAGAAAUGGCACUGUUCGUUCGACAGGCAUUUCGCUGUUUCAGCAGUUCUGAGGAUACUGAUAUGAGAGGCGAAAUUCGACGAAUUGUCUCCCGUCUCCCGUAUUUGACUAAGGCCCCGGAACUAUCCAUGCUUCUCGGCCGCGUUGCCGUAGAGGCUGCGAUGGAGUUUGCAGAAGGAACUGGGGAUCCCGAUGACCAUCUGUGGGCCGUUGAAAUCCAGGAAACCAACGUUCCUAUUCAAACUCGAGCAUAUUCAAGCCUAGGGUCGGCUAGUGAAACAGAGGACGCGGGACCGAAAAGAGGCCUGUUUCGCUGGGAAGAUGGUAUUGGAGAGUGGGUCGCUCGUACCCCAGCAGUCAAAGCAAAUUCAACGACCCCGGGACCAAAGAGACGGGCUUCUGCGAUGUCCAACAGUUCGCCUUGCGUUCGCGGCUCAACAGACAUUAGCUCUCCGGAGUCAAAUCGUUUCGAGAAUCCCAGUCCAAGCCUAACUUCUUCCCCUUCUUCUAUCGGGACAAAGCGGCACAUUGAGGCUGUAGUAUCUUCGCCCACCAGACCCUUCAAACGGCGAUGUGUCGCCCCUCGGGUUGUGAUUGAUCAGACACAGCCCAGCCGAUCUAAAUUUCCGUCUGAUCGCUCCCUAUCGAAAUCCCCAUCCUUGGAACCAGUUCCUUCUCAUCGUCGUGUUCUACGCGACAUGUCGACCCACAUUAUUGCCAAUCCGACACGCGUACCACCAUCCAGGCCUGCAUCAAAAGUCGAGGUAGUAAUUAUCAACAAAAGACAGCCUCAGCCCGCUGCGAGGCCUGUCUUGGAGCACGUUGAGAAACAGGUUCAUCGAUCGAAGACCCGGGGAAGACCUGGACGGCCCUCGAUCCCUCGUGCUCCAAGUCCGGUCAUGAUUCUUCGACGUCAGUCCGUCAUCCCUUGCUCACAAGAUGACAGCGACGAUGAGCUUAGCUUCAUCUAA